UGCUUUUUGUCUCCUGAUGGUGGGUAAGGGGCAUUGCCGCAGGGUGCAACGUAAGACAGACAUUCUCUCUGCCAAUAAGUAAAGAAGAGGGAGAUGUGUGGAGUGGGUGUGACAGCAGUCCCAAGAUGGCACCCGAGAUGGCAGCCAAGUCUUAUGACUUGCACCUGACUUCCUCAUACACCUGAAAAUAAGCCACGACCAUCGUGAGAACUGCGCAUGUGCACCAUGAUGCAAGAUCAGACCAUAUGACGAGUAAUGAUUCUGGACAAAGGACUGCUGUUACGUGGACUGGGCUGAUGGUUUAGUCUCCACUGCCAGCUGCCAUGGACAAGCAGAACAGCAAGCUGCGUCCUGAGGUGCUGCAGGACCUGCAGAAUCACAAGGAGUUCACCGACCAUGAGCUUCAGGAGUGGUACAUGGGCUUCCUCAAUGACUGUCCCACUGGCCACCUGACCGUGGACAAUUUCAAGAUCCAGCACAACUUCUUCCCCUACAGAGAUGCCUCCAAGCUCACUGAACAUGUCUUCCAUACCUUUUACACCAACAGUGACAGCACUAUCAACUCCCGAGUGUUCAUCAUUGCUGUGAGCAUGACCUCUUGGGGCAAGCUCGAGCAGAAGGUCAAGUGGGCCUUCAGCAUGUCUGACCUAGACAGCAAUGGCUACAUCAGCUGCAGUGAAAUGCUGGAGAUAGUGCAGGCAAAAUGUCCCUGGAAGAAUUCAACAAAGGUGCCAAGAGGAAUCCAUCCAUUGUCCGGUUGCUGCAGUGAGAUCCCAGCAGUGCUAGCCAGUUCUGAGUGGAAUGGGCUUUACACAGUUGUGUGAAACACAGGCUUGACCUGCCAUCUUCAGCUUUGCUUGCAAAAGUGGACUUCUCCGUGAUUUCUCCUGCUCUCUCAGGACCUGGGUCCAGGCAGCACAUCACACUCACCUGGUCUGGCUGGAUGCAGCUCCCUCCUCUAUUUGAUCCCAUAGAUGUCCCUCCUCCUUCAGUCCAGGCUGGCUCCUUCUAAUGGUUCAAGUGUUCUCAGCUGUAUGCCUCUUUCCCUGCCCACAGAGGGCCUGGAAGCCCUUAAGGACACCAGACAGGACUUUUCAGUAUCUUACCAAGACCAGCUGAUUUAUUCUAUGUUCCCAGGUGACUUUGUGAGGAUGAAGAAGAUAGACAGUAUAUAGGCAAACCCUUCCUAUUCAUGGCUCCACCUCCCUUGUUCAUUUACUCUGACCAAAGCUGCUUUAAUAUAUAUACCGUGGUAUCCUUACUUUUAAUAUAUAAGUUUUGUAUAAAGUGAGGUCUAGCCCCUCUUUUUAUUUUAUUUUAUUUUUUAAUUUUUAUUGGUUUCUUUUCCGCUCAAGUACACUUUAGAAAUAACAUUUAGACACAGGCACGUGCACGCACACACACACACAUUUACAUGCUCACACGUGCACAUAUACAGACACACAGACACAGACACACAGCCGCACUGCUUCUCUCAUGAAGGGCUUUCCCUUGCUUCCUUUAGUUGCUUUAUAUAAAAUGCAAAGCUUUCAGGGGGCUCGGGGAAGGGGACUGGUUCCCUGACAUCCUUGAGCAAAGAUGCAUAGCACUUGAGAAACAGGUCAUCCAGUUUCAAGUUCUUUAGCCCCUCUUUUUAAAGCUUCUGACUGCCUUUAAAGCAUGGUCCCCUGUGGCCUGUGAUUCUCCCCACCCCCAAGUCUGACUGUUGUGUGGUAUUUAUGUAUUCAUUUGCCUAAUUACACAGGAGAUACAUGCAUGCCCAAGGCUGUGUACAUCUGCCCUCCAUCCUGCAAAUACAGGUGUUCCUGUGUGCUCCAUCCUUCCUUUCUAUUGGUCUGGCAUAUUAAAAUGAUCAAAUAAACCAAGGUCUGUGAGUUUCC